GGCAUGUGGCUGGUGGAAGCCUGUCCGCCUCUCUCCCUUUCUUUACCGCGCGCGCUCUGGUAGGAUUUUAAAAGCUCGCUUCGAAAAUUAAAACCCAAUAAAAGUCGAUUUUGGUUUGAGUUUUUCAUUUUUCCGAAGGCUAGCUUUUGAAUUCUAGGGUUUAUUUGGCCAAACCGUCCACUGUUUGCUUCUCUAUUAGCGAUACGUUUGGCCGCCGGGAAAAUAUCGGAACGAAAACAUAAUUCGGAUUUUGAAUCUCACUCAAAGCAAGCUCACAGCUAGUUGAGUUGAGUUGAGCAAAAGUUUCUUAGGGGUGCUGUCUCCCCCUCAACAUGCAGGCUCUUUACGCAAAGCUCUAUGACAAGUACACUAAACUCAAGGGAAAAAAGGAAUCUGGAUUGGAGCAAUUCAAUCAUGAUCAAGAAGUAAAAUUUAUGAAUUAUAUGUCUGAUGAACUGGUAGAACACUUGAGAAAUGAAAAUGACAAUUUGCGUGAAGAAAACAAUAACUUGAGAAGUGCAAUGGCUUCAAUCAGAUCUGACAAGGAUGAACAAUAUGCUGAGUAUCAAAAGCUUUUAACGGAAGAGAAACAAAGGAAUAAACAGCUUUCUGAGGAAAUUGAGAGACUUCAAAACUUGCAACAAGAGGGUUAUUUCAGCAGUUUAAGGGAUGAAAGAAAUGAGGAUGGACAACUUAGUACACCCAGAGCUACUGAAGUUGUAUCAGUGUGUGUAUCUGAUGGUUCAGCCAUAAAAAAAACUAGAAAACGUAGUAGGCACUCUAAGGAUGAGGCAAAAGAAUGCAUGUCUACGCCACAUGCUAGAGAUCAAAUAGAUCGAGCCAUGUUAAAAGGGUCGGCAAAGGACCCAUCCAUUGAGGUCUUGUCCAGUGAAGCUGUUGUAACUAUUCAACAGCCAGAAUGUUGUAGAAGAAUCAUUAAGGGUUCAGGUGCCACUGUACUUGAUGUGGGUGUUGCAAAUUGCUUAUUCCAGACUCUCAUUGAGUGCUUAGUUGGCAUGAAAUUUUCUGCUGUUAAUCAAACUGAAGGAAUCUGCAUAUCAGCACUGCAUCAAUCGAGUGGAUUUUCGUUCAGUUUGACAUGGGUAACCAAGCCAGGCAAGGAUGAAUCAGAGCUGCUAUACCAGGUGUUGUCAUUGGGGACGUUUGAGAGAGUUGCACCCGAGUGGAUGAGGGAUGUCCUUAUGUUCAGCAUGAACAUGUGCCCUGUCUUCUUUGAGAGGAUUUCUCGUGUCAUCAAGCUGCAUUACUGAUAUUUGCCGAGUCCAUGACUCUGUAAUGCGCUGGAUCUGUUUUUUGGAUUGAAAGGCAGCCACAUGCUGCUUUUGAUGUGCUAAUGUGAUUUGUCCUUUUGUUGUACAGCAUUGGAUCUGAAAACUUUUAAUUUAUGAUUGCCUUUUGCACA